AUGAAGUUAAUUGCCAUCUUUUUCCUUUGUUCCAGGCUGCUAACAAGUUUAACCCAGGAAUACUACUCACAAGAAAUUGACUGCAAUAAUGAGGAUGUAUUUAAGGCUGUGGACGCAGCUCUGAAGAAAUAUAACAGUCAAAGCUCAAGUGGCAACCAGUUUGUAUUGUACCGCAUAACUGAAGUCACCAAGACGGUAAACGAGAACACAUUUUAUUCUGUCAAGUAUGAAAUCAAGGAGGGCGACUGUCCUGUUCAAAGUGACAAAACCUGGCAGGACUGUGACUACAAAGAAUCUGAGCACGCUGCCACAGGAGAAUGCACGGCGACUGUGGGGAAGAGAGAAAAUAUGAAAUUCUCCGUGGCUACCCAGACCUGCAACAUUACUCCAGGCAAGGGCUCUGUGGUGACAUCCCAGUACGACUGCCUUGGCUGCGUGCACCCCAUAUCAACUACCAGCCCUGAGUUGGACCCUGUUCUGGGUCAUGCCAUUCAACAUUUUAACAACCACACUGAUCGCUCUCACCUGUUUGCUCUUAAAGAAGUAAAAAAGGCACAGAGACAGGUGGUGGCUGGAUGGAACUAUGAAGUUACUUACGUAAUUGAGCAAACUAAUUGUUCUAAGAAGGAUUUUCUGUUCUUAACUCCAGACUGCAAGUCCCUUCUCAAUGGUGAUACUGGUGAAUGUACAGAUCACGCAUACAUGGAUCCUCAGCUGAAAAUUGCUUCCUUCUCACAGAAGUGUGACCUUUUUCCAGGGGAGGAUUUUGUACCACCACCUACCCUAAGGUGCGUUGGCUGUCCCAAGAAGAUACCUGUCGACAGCCCAGAGCUGGAGGAGCCUCUGAGACAUUCCAUCACAAAGCUUAAUGCAGAGAACAAUGGAACUUUCUAUUUCAAGAUUGAUGUUGUGGAGACAGCAACAACACAGGUGGUAUCUGGAGUAAAAUAUGUUAUUGAGUUCACUGCCAGGGAAACCACGUGUUCCAAGGAAACUAAUAAAGAGUUGACCAAAAAUUGCGAGGCCAAUAAACUUGGAGAAAUUCUAAGAUGCACUGCUAAUGUUUACAUAGUACCUUGGGAGAAUAAAGUGUACCCUACUGUCAACUGUCAACCAGUAGCAAUGACCUCAUUGAUGAAAAGACCUCCAGGUUUUUCACCUUUCCGAUCAGUACCAGUGGAGGAAACAAAAGGAGGAACAACUAAGCAGCUAAGACCCUGUGAGUACAAGGGCCGACCUCAGAAAGCAGGGGCAGAGCCAACCCCUGAGAGUGAGAGGUCUCUUGACCAGUAG